CCGAAGAAACGAUCGAAAUAGUGAGAAAAUAGAGAAAGUGUAGGGAACGAUGAGGGAGUAAGUAACACAUCUGUGUUUUGUCUGAUUGUCUGAUUAAGAACUACACAUAGCAGAUCUGUGUUUUGUUAUGGGCCUUCACUAUUAGGCCCAUCUGACCCAUAUCGUUACCGCUUUUUAGUAUGGAAAAGCAACAACAAUGUAAAGGAAAGCAGAAACGUUAGAUUUCUUUAGACGCGCAAACUGAAAGAGCUUUGAUCGAUCGAUUUGGAGGAUUCGUAGAAGAUAUGUCGAGUAUAUACAGAACUGUUUCGAGAAAAGAGAAACCGAGACGUCAUCAUGGAUUGACGACACAGAAGAAGCAAGAGAUUAAGGAAGCUUUUGAGCUAUUUGACACUGAUGGUUCUGGUACCAUUGAUGCUAAAGAGCUUAAUGUUGCUAUGAGGGCGCUUGGUUUUGAAAUGACGGAAGAGCAAAUCAACAAAAUGAUAGCUGAUGUGGAUAAAGAUGGAAGUGGAGCUAUAGAUUUUGAUGAGUUUGUUCAUAUGAUGACUGCUAAGAUUGGUGAAAGAGACACAAAAGAAGAGCUCACUAAAGCAUUCCAGAUCAUUGAUCUUGACAAAAAUGGGAAGAUAUCUCCGGAUGAUAUCAAACGCAUGGCAAAGGACUUGGGUGAGAAUUUCACUGAUGCUGAGAUACGAGAGAUGGUUGAAGAAGCAGACCGAGACCGUGAUGGUGAAGUUAACAUGGAUGAAUUCAUGAGGAUGAUGAGGAGAACUGCUUAUGGUGGUAACUAGAAAGGUUGUUGCUGUUCUUAACGAUAUUUGAUGAGCUCUAUUAUAGUUCUUUAACUGAGGCUUAAUUAUCUGUAAUAUUAUUACUGAAGAUACAUAUAUCACAGUUUUAAUCUAUAGCUCAUCUUAAUGGCAAGUCUUGGUCUGUCUUUGUAUCAUUAUAAGAUGUAUAAAUUGGCAAAAUAUUCGUAGUCUUAGUGAAAAACUUUAGGAGCUCGCAUUGGUUACUUCAUAAGUCGUCAAGAUUUGGACCUCUGCGCAC